CCCUGAUCAGAGGACAGGGACGCCCGCCCGGGCGGCGGCUGAAGCGGCUUCAGAGCCAGACCGAUCAGAGGACGGAGUAAUUACCUGUUUGAAGCGGGUGCCGACCGAGUUGUGGCUAAUUGUAGCUAAUCGCCUCAUUUCUGCCUGUUUGUUUGGCAUCAAGCAACUGCGACACUGGACUAAUCUUAAAAACAGGUAACCACUAUGCAAUUCCAGUGGGAUUGGCUGUGCUUCAGUGUCUUGCUGUUCAGUACAGUAAAUGCAGAAUAUCAAGGGUCAGAAGUUGAGGUGGAAGAUUUUGACAAGAAUUCAGAAGAUGCUAAUGUUGAUAAAGGUGGAUCAUCUCUGGAAGUUGUAUACCAGACCCCAAAGCCUACAGGAGAAGUGCAUUUUACUGAAGCCUUUGAUGAUGGAAUGCUUUCUGGGUGGGUUUUAUCUCAGACUAAAAAAGAGGAUACAGAUGAAGAUAUUGCUAAAUAUGAUGGAAGAUGGGAAAUAGAGCCACUAAAGGAGAAUAUGGUGCCUGGUGACAGAGGAUUAGUAUUAAAAUCAAUAGCAAAGCAUCAUGCAAUAUCAGCUAUGUUAACACAACCAUUUAUUUUUGAUAGUAAGCCACUUAUAAUUCAGUAUGAAGUAAAUUUUCAAGAUGGCAUUGAUUGUGGUGGCGCAUAUGUUAAGCUUCUUUCCAAAAGUGAUGACUUGAAUCUGGAAUACUUCUAUGAUAGAACACCAUACACAAUUAUGUUUGGACCGGAUAAAUGUGGAGAAGAUUACAAACUACACUUCAUCUUCAGGCAUAAACACCCUAAAACUGAAGACUAUGAGGAAAAGCAUGCCAAACGUCCUGAUGUAGACCUUAAAAAGUUUUAUACUGACAAGAAGACUCAUCUGUAUACUCUUGUGCUGAAACCUGACAACACAUUUGAAGUGUCAAUUGACCAAACUGUUAUUGGCAAGGGAAACCUCCUGGAAGACAUGGUUCCGCCUGUUAAUCCCCCCAGAGAAAUAGAAGAUCCCAAUGAUAAGAAGCCUGAAGACUGGGAUGAAAGAGCUAAAAUUCCUGAUUUAAAUGCUGUCAAGCCAGAUGAUUGGAAUGAAGACGAGCCUCCCAACAUAGAAGAUCCUGAUGCUGUUAAACCUGAAGAUUGGCUUGAUGAUGAACCAGAAUACAUUCCAGAUCCCAAUGCCAAAAAGCCAGAGGACUGGGAUGAUGAAAUGGAUGGUGAAUGGGAAGCCCCGCAGAUUCCUAAUCCAAAAUGUGACAAGAGUGUAUCUGGCUGUGGAGAAUGGGUACGCCCACUGAUAAGCAAUCCAAACUAUAAAGGAAAGUGGAAACCACCAAUGAUAGACAAUCCUAAUUAUCAGGGAAUAUGGAGCCCACAGAAAAUCCCUAAUCCUGAUUAUUUUGAGGAUCCUCAUCCUUUUCAGAUGACUCCUGUCAGUGCUAUUGGCUUGGAACUUUGGUCUAUGACAUCUGAUAUUUACUUUGAUAAUUUCAUCAUCUGUUCAGACCAAGAAGUAGCUGAUCGAUGGGCAGCAGAUGGCUGGGGAUUGAAAAAAAUGGUUGCAAGUGCUAAUGAACCCGGUAUGUUUAGUCAGCUUAUAACUGCUGCAGAAGAGCGCCCAUGGCUUUGGAUAAUUUAUAUCUUGACUUUAGCACUACCUGUAGGGUUGGGCGUAUUAUUUUGUUGGCCAUCCAAGAAAGUAGAUGAAGAUUUGGACUACAAAAAAACAGAUGUUGCCAAGCCAAGUACGAAAGGUGAAUUAGAACAAGAGAUAUGUGGACAGGAUGAAGAACUAGAAGGACCAAAUGACAAUGCUGGUGAUGGUGAAAGAAGCCAUGAAGAGAAGAAAACUAAGCUUAUAGUGGAACAAGAAAAAGCUAUUCCUUCAACAGAAGAUGAAGGUGGUGAAGAUGAAGACUCUGAAGAGGAAAAUGAAACUGCUCAAGGAAGUCGUGAAGAAGAGAGCAGUAAAUCAAAUAAAUCUGGCUCAGAAGAUGAGAUGAAAGAAGCAGAUGAAAGCACAGGGUCUGGUGAUGGCCCAGCAAAAUCAGUACGCAAAAGAAGAGUACGGAAAGACUAAGUUAUUUCCAGCUAGUAUUGAUUCCCAGUUACAGAACAUAGGCAUGCUAUUCUGGUUUGCCCAACAGCAUGCCGGUUGCUGAGUUGUAAAUUCAAAUAAAGACCAACCUCCAAUAUUUAGCCUUCUGUGUCCAGUUUCCAGUCCGGUACCUCCUACUCUUGUCAUUUUUUUUAAUUUAAAGGGAAACGUAUGCCUAAGUUGUCUGUUGCUUUAUUUAAUAUAAUUAAAGAAAAAUGGUGAUAUGACUGAUUUACUAUAAGUCUUUGAAGUUAUGCAUUUCUGACUUCCAAAUAUUACCCUUAAAAAGGUGAUCUAAUAUUCUGUACAACUUUAGCACAAAUAAACUGUUUACACCUCAGAUUAAAAGGAAUAAACAGUUGCAACUUCCACUACAGCCCCACCCACCCCAAGCUGAGGAUAAGCAACUUCCUGUGCUAAAUGCAAUAACUGUGUUUCGGCCAUUUGAUUACAUCAACUUUUUUAUUGUAAUGUCUGCAUAUUUGUUACAUGUUGGUUUUUGACAUUUGUUCCAGUUGCUGUUUUUGUUUUACAGAGAACCAGGUUGUCCUUGAUUAUAACUGAUAGAAUAGCAUGGUUUACAUUUAAUUGCAAAAAUGUUGACUAUAUCAGAGUAUAAUGGUGUACAGGAGACUUUUUUCACAUUUUUAUAGUUUUUAUGUUUUAAGCCAAAAUGGCAUAGCCUGUUUACAAAAUAUUUGCUGUGUAUAUUGCCUCCUGAAUAAAAUAUUUAAUAUAAUA